AUGGCAAAACGGAGGACUGAAGCUAUUCCACGAAGCAAUGGCAAGAUAAACACCUCAAUAGCAAGCACACUCAAAUCUGGUCCCCAUCUAAGAGCGAAGUCCGUGUUGAAUCUAGAGCAAUCUGAUGAGCAGAUGCGCCCCCAUCAACAAAUUGCCAAAGAAAUCAUUUACUCGGUAAACCGUGAAGCCGCCUCGACCGCGUUGAAGCCCAGCCAAUAA